AAGUGAAGCAAACAAGUUAAAGGCGUAGAAGAACAGGGUGUAUAAUUGCAAGCAAUGUACUGAAAUACAGAUGUAACCCAGUGAACUAGGUAACAAGAAGUUUAAAGACUGAAUCACGGAAGGAGAAACAAGCGAGGACAGACGCCUGUUGCCUAUUUGAAGACAUCGCUUGAACCGAACAGCUGCGUAGUCCUUUAAUGCUGGACAAAUAUCAAUAGUUGGUUAACCAACUACCUUUUAACUAUUCACUAGUCUUUAACCAAUUUUUCUUACCGGUUCGCCAAUGCUUUUGCACCAGUUCAUGAACGGAGGCCUGGAAGUGAUGCAUUCUACAGCAAUUCAAAAAGACACUACUUUUACAAAAAUUUUCGUUGGUGGUUUGCCCUACCACACUAACGAUGCUUCCUUAAGAAAGUAUUUUGAGGCCUUCGGCGACAUCGACGAGGCGGUGGUGAUAACGGACAGACAGACGGGGAAAUCCAGAGGAUAUGGCUUUGUGACAAUGCUAGAUCAGGGUGCAGCAGAGAGGGCCUGUAAAGACCCCAACCCCAUCAUCGACGGGCGCAAGGCCAACGUAAACCUGGCUUACAUAGGCGCCAAGCCCCGCGGUAUGCAGAUAGGUGAGCCGACCAGGGGCAUAUCCAUUGGAGUGCAGCCUAUUCACCCAGCGCUCAUCCAGAGGCAGUAUGGGUUGGCCCAGCAGUAUGUGUACCCCCAGGCCUACCUUCAGCCCAGCCUGGUGCUCCCUUCUCAGGUGUCCUCCAUCAGCUCCCCCUACCUGGACUACAGUGCUGCUUACACCCAGUACGCCCAGACCGCCUUCGAGCAUUACCCCUACGCCGCCUCCCCAGGGUUCCUGGGCUAUGGCUAUGCCCCCAGCCCUGCCACUGCCCCCUCCCAGGCCUCCGCCCCAGCCACUGUUCACCAGACCCUCCCCACAGGGGCAGGCCCAGCACCCACCUUCCUGCAGUACGCCCCCCAGCAGCACGUUCAGCCAGACCGCAUGCAGUGAGGAGAGUCCUAUAGGCCUGGGGCGUCACCCUGGACUGCCACAGCCAGGGCUUUCAGGGAAUGGGCUGAGGGACUAUUGCACGGUACCAUCAGGAUGAGCCCCCUCAUUGGUCUUGGGAGGGUUUUGAUGACCGGAUGGGAGGCUAGAAUAAAAUGUGUGGUCACUGAGGGCUUCCAGAUGCAGACACUUGAUUUAUUUUAUUUUAUUACCGUCUAUCUUUAUUGUAUCAGUGUUAGUAUCAUAUUAUCAAUGUAAUUAUUAUUAUUCCCCCCCCCCCCCC